UAAGUGGGCGUGGUCCCAGUGAAGCGCGGGAAGUCCAGAUUUUCCCGGCGGUGGUGGCUGUGUAACUAUGACCCUGGAGCAGGAGCUUCGCCAGCUAAACAAGGCCAAGGCCAGGGCCCAGAGGAAUGGGCAACUCCGCGAGGAGGCGGUCUACUGCCACCAGCUGGGGGAGCUGCUGGCUGGCCACGGCCGCUUCAUGGAAGCUUUGGAGGAGCACCAGCAGGAGCUACGUCUGCUAGAGAGUGUCCAGGACACCCUAGGCAGCGCAGUGGCCCACCGCAAGAUCGGAGAACGGCUGGCUGAGAUGGAGAAUUACUCUGCUGCCCUGAAGCACCAGCAUCUCUACCUGGAUUUGGCUGCUUCCCUGUCCAACCACACUGAAUUGCAGAGAGCCUGGGCCACCAUUGGCCGCACCCAUCUAGAUGUGUAUGAUCACUGCCAGGCAAGAGAUGCCUUACUUCAGGCACAGGAUGCCUUUGAGAAGAGCUUAGCUAUUGUGGAUGAGAAACUAGAGGGGACACUGACCCAGCGAGAGCUGAGUGAGAUGCGGGCUCGACUCUACCUCAACCUGGGCCUCACCUUUGAGAGUCUGCAGCAAACAGCCCUGUGCCAUGACUACUUCAAGAAGAGCAUCUUUCUUGCUGAGCAGAACCAUCUCUAUGAAGAUCUCUUUCGGGCCCAAUACAACCUGGGUGCCAUCCACUGGCGCGGAGGGCAGCACUCUCAGGCCAUGCGCUGCCUGGAGGGGGCCCGGGAGUGUGCACGCGCUAUGAAGAUGAGAUUCAUGGAAAGUGAAUGUUGUGUGGUAGUGUCCCAGGUACUUCAAGAUCUGGGGGACUUCCUAGCUGCCAAGCGAGCCCUGAAGAAGGCCUAUAAGUUGGGCUCCCAGAAGCCUGUCCAGAGAGUGGCUGUCUGUCAGAGUCUCAAACAUGUAUUGGCAGUGAUCCAGCUGCAGCAGCAGCUGGAAGAGGCUGAGGGCAAUGAUCCUCAACGUGCCAUGGCUAUCUGUGAACAGUUGGGGGACCUUUUCUCCAAGGCGGGUGACUUCCCAAAGGCAUCAGAGGCUUACCAGAAGCAGCUGCACUUCGCUGAGUUGCUGAACAGACCAGAUGUCGAGCUGGCUGUCAUCCAUGUCUCCCUGGCCACCACACUGGGGGACAUGAAGGAUCACCGCAAGGCUGUGCACCACUAUGAAGAGGAGCUGAGGCUACGCAAGGGCGGUGCCCUGGAGGAAGCUAAGACUUGGUUCAAUAUCGCGCUGUCACGUGAGGAAGCGGGUGAUGCGUAUGAGCUGCUAGCACCGUGCUUCCAGAAGGCUUUGAGCUGUGCCCAGCAGGCCCAGCGGUUCCCCCUUCAGAGGCAGAUUUUACAGCACCUUUAUACCGUGCAACUAAAGUUGCAGCCCCAAGAUGCUCCUAGCACUGAAAUUAAACUGCAGAAACUGAGUGUGGCAAAAGACACAGAGGAAGAGGAGGAGGAGGAGGAAGAGGAAGAAGAAGCCAGUGAGGCCCUGGAGACCAGUGAGCUGGAGCUCUCGGAGAGCGAGGAUGAUGCUGACAUUCUGUCUCAGCGGCUGGAGGAAGAUGAGGAGCUUCAGGGCUGUCUGGGCCGGCGGAAGGUAAACAAGUGGAACCGGCGCAAUGACAUGGGAGAGACCCUGCUGCACCGAGCCUGCAUCGAAGGCCAACUGCGCCGCGUCCAGGAUCUUGUGAGGCAGGGCCACCCCCUGAAUCCCCGAGACUACUGUGGCUGGACACCUCUACAUGAAGCAUGCAACUAUGGGCAUCUUGAGAUCGUCCGCUUCCUCCUGGACCACGGAGCAGCAGUAGAUGACCCAGGCGGCCAGGGUUGUGAUGGCAUCACCCCCCUGCAUGAUGCCCUCAACUGCGGCCAUUUUGAGGUAGCCGAACUGCUCAUCGAGCGAGGGGCAUCUGUAACUCUUCGUACCAAGAAGGGCCUCAGCCCCCUGGAGACGCUGCAGCAGUGGGUGAAGCUGUACUUCAGGGACCUUGACCUUGAGACAAGGCAGAAGGCAGUGUCCAUGGAGAGGAGGCUCCAAUUGGCCUCCUCAGGCCAAGUGCCCCACGGCUCCUCUGCCCUCCAGAGCAUCCCAAGUAACCAUCUCUUUGAUCCUGAGACCUCUCCUCCCUCGAGCCCCUGUCCAGAACUUUCCCUGUGUACCCCUAGACCUCCAGAAGUUUCUCCGGCCCCUGCUAAGGUCUUUCUGGAGGAAACUGUGUCUGCCGUGUCCAGACCUCGGAAGAACAGGCACAGGCCAACCAGCAGCAGUAGCAGCUCAGAGGACGAGGACAGCGUGGGUCCCUGCAGGCCAUCUCAGAAAAGACCGAGACCGCCCACCAAAGCACAGCAGGAUAAAGCCCAGACCCCUGAGCCGUCGUCCAAAAGUAGAGAGACAGCCACAGCAACUGCUUGCCGCUCUGCUUACCGAGCAGCCAUCCGAGGAGUGGGCAGUGCCCAGAGCCGCCGCAUGGUACCUGGACUGCCUCGGAGCUCAGACGAGGUUCCUGCCCCCAAGGCAGCGCUCAUACCCCAGGAGGAAUUCCUGGCUGGGGAAUGGCUGGAGUUAGAUACACCCCUGAGCCGUUGGAGCAGGCCCAGUAACUCAGGGUCAGACUAUGAGCGAUGCUCUGUCCGGCGCCGGGCUGGUGCCAAGCAGAGUCACCUAACAUGUCUCGAUUGGGGCACACGGACUAAAGCAGGAGAUGGCAGCCCGGCUGCAGAGCCUCCAGAGAGUCCCAGCGUGCCUAGGACCUCAGGACCCACCAGGGAAAAUUGCACAGCAGGCCAGCCUUUGCUUCUGGUCCAGCCUCCUCCCAUCCGGAUUCGAGUUCAAAUUCAGGAUAACCUUUUCCUCAUCCCUGUCCCACACAGCAGUGACGUCCACUCUGUGGCCUGGCUAGCAGAGCAAGCUGCCCAGCGCUACUACCAAACCUGUGGGCUACUUCCAAGGCUCACCCUACGGAAGGAUGGAGCCCUGUUGGCUCCGCAGGACCCCAUCCCCGAUGUGCUGCAGAGUAAUGAUGAGGUGCUGGCCGAAGUGACCUCAUGGGACCUUCCCCCGCUGACUGACCGCUACCGCAGGGCCUGCCAGAGCCUGGGGCAAGGGGAGCACCCGCAAGUGCUGCAGGCCGUGGAGCAGCAGGGUUCAAGCCCUUCAUUUAGUGCCUGUUCCCUGGCUUUGUGCCAAGCCCAGCUCACGCCCCUACUGCGCGCCCUCAAGUUGCACACGACGCUCCGGGAGCUGCGCCUUGCUGGGAACCGACUAGGAGAUGCCUGUGCUGCUGAGCUGCUGGCGACCCUGGGCACCAUGCCUAACCUGGUCCUCCUUGAUCUCUCUUCCAAUCACUUGGGCCAGGAAGGUCUACGCCAGCUUGUUGAAGGCUCCUCGGGACAAACUGCUCUACAGAACUUGGAGGAACUGGACUUAAGCAUGAAUCCACUGGGAGAUGGCUGUGGCCAGGGCCUGGCCUCCCUUCUGCGGGCCUGCCCCAUGCUCACCACCCUGCGCCUGCAAGCCUGUGGCUUUAGCCCCAGCUUCUUCCAGAGCCAUCAGGCUGCUCUGGGUAGUACCUUCCAAGACGCUAAGCACCUGAAGACCUUGUCCUUGUCUUACAAUGCGCUCGGUGCUCCUGCCCUGGCAAGGGUGCUGCAGAACCUACCGGCCCAUGCCCUCCUACGAUUGGAGCUUAGCUCUGUGGCAGCCAGCAAGAGCAACCUGAGCCUCAUGGAGCCUGUUAUCAAAUACCUGACCAAGGAAGGCUGUGCUCUGGCCCACCUGACCCUGUCUGCGAACUAUCUGAGUGACAAGGCUGUGAGAGAGCUGAGCAGAUGCCUCCCUUGCUGUCCCUCACUUGUCUCUCUGGACCUGUCUGCCAACCCUGAGGUCAGCUGUGCCAGUCUGGAGGAGCUCUUGUCUGCCCUCCAAGAGCGGCCCCAAGGCCUCAAUUUCCUUGGCUUGUCAGGCUGCUCCAUCCAGGGGCCCCUGAGCUCCGACCUCUGGGACAAGAUCUUCGUGCAGCUGCAGGAGCUGCAGUUGUGCAGCAAACACCUGAGCACACAGGACCGAGACGCCCUAGUUGGGAGACUGCCGGCCGGCGCCUGCUCACUGGACCAAGGCUUAAGUUGGGAGAAUGAGCGCCGAGCUGUCGAUUGGGCUUCCCGGCAGGCGCAGGCGGAAAAAGCGAGCCCCGAGCUGCUGUCGCCAUCUCCGGGAUUCCAAACGCCCCAGGUCUCUGUGCUGUAGCUGCCAGGGCCUGCAGGAUGUUUCACGGAAUCCCAGCUACUCCUGGCGUUGGAGCCCCUGGGAACAAGCCGGAGCUGUAUGAGGAAGUAAAGCUGUACAAGAAUGCUCGGGAGCGGGAGAAGUAUGACAACAUGGCGGAGCUGUUUGCAGUGGUGAAGACCAUGCAGGCCCUGGAGAAAGCGUACAUCAAAGACUGCGUCACCCCUAAUGAAUACACUGCAGCAUGCUCCAGGCUCCUGGUCCAGUACAAAGCUGCCUUUCGACAGGUUCAAGGCUCAGAGAUCAGCUCCAUUGAUGAAUUUUGCCGGAAGUUCAGACUGGACUGCCCACUUGCCAUGGAGAGGAUCAAGGAGGACCGACCCAUCACUA